AACUCCAGGUCAGCUGUGGCCUUGACUGUUGGGGGAAUUCCGCCUUGCCGCACAGCAGACAUCUUUCAGCCUGAUUCUUGCGGCUGGGAGGUUUAUGGAUGGGAUCAGCCCUACGGAAGUGCGGGUGCUGGCUGAUUGGGUACUUGUACCUACUAUCUCGGAAAGGACCGGAGUCCUUCUCCUGUAUAAUCGUUGCUAUACUACAUACUAAGUAUAAUGAAGGGUGGCUGAGCUUGCUGUUGAGGGGGGGACGUAGCUUCAUGUAUAUCCUCAGUUCUGUGGAAGAUGCCAUGAUGGUAGGCUUACCCAUUCCAUGUAGAGGAAUCAACCUACGCCGGUCAAAUAAGAGGACAAUGCUCUGCCUAUAUAUAGGGGCUGAGCCAUGCGUGUUUCCCCUCAAGAUCCAUCUACCUAAACCUUUAACAUCAACCCAUUCGUGUUCGUAUCUGAGUGGGUCUUGUGGAGGGUCCGCCAGUCAGCCCGUCGUCAUCCCGUGCUGGACUAGUCCCGGUCGGGGGUUGAGCUGUUUGAUCGAGAUUGUUGGAUAUUUUAUAGUGGCACGACUCCAUAGUUCCUUCCACUCCGGCCCUCCUUCUGACGCCAUCUUCAUCAUCCUCCCCUCCAGCUGACUCCGACCAUCUCUCUCCUCUCACCUCCUAUCCCUCCCAUCCCUGACCCAGUCAAACGUCAGCGUCGUUCAACGAUGGGCUUUGCAUCCAAGAUCGCCAACAGCCAGAACCCGCCGCCCAACAUGAGCGCGAACAAGCCGGGCACCUAUGACGGAGCCCCUCCGACAGGCUAUGCCGGUGGUCCUCCUUCUGCGCUGCAGCCUGGAGGUGGUGCCGGUGGAUUGGUGAGUCGGCCCUACA